AUGGAUAACGUAACCUGCAAUGGGUCAGGGGACUCUAAGACCAUCUUCUACCUUACAGGCAUCCCCUCUCUGCAAAAUUCCCUCUUCCUUCCUGUCUUCUUCCUCUUCCUCCUCUUCUACCUGCUCAUCCUGGCGGGGAACACCCUGAUCCUGGCGGCCGUGGUGACAGAGCCCAGCCUCCACAAGCCCAUGUACUUCUUCCUAAUCAACCUCUCUGCCCUGGACAUCCUUUUCACCACAACCACGGUCCCUAAGAUGCUGUCCCUAUUCCUGCUUGGGGACAGAUUCCUCAGUUUCCCUGCCUGCUUCCUUCAGAUGUACCUCUUCCACAGUUUCUCCUGCUCAGAAGCCUUCAUCCUGGUGGUCAUGGCCUAUGACCGCUAUGUGGCCAUCUGCCGCCCUCUGCACUACCCUGUCCACAUGACCCCACAAACAAACACUGCACUGGCAGCCAGUGCUUGGAUCACUGCCCUCCUCCUGCCCAUCCCAGCAGUGGCACAGACCUCCCAGAUGGCAUUUAACAGCAUCGCCUACAUCUACCACUGCUUCUGUGACCACCUGGCUGUGGUCCAGGCCUCCUGCUCAGACACCAGCCCCCAGACCCUCAUGGGCUUCUGCAUCGCCAUGGUGGUGUCCUUCCUCCCCCUCCUGCUGGUGCUUCUCUCCUAUGCCCGCAUCCUGGCCUCGGUGCUGCGCAUCAACUCCAGGGAAGGGCGUUCCAAAGCCUUCUCCACCUGCAGCUCCCACCUCCUGGUGGUGGGCACCUAUUACUCAUCCAUUGCCAUAGCCUAUGUGGCCUACAGGGCUGAGCUGCCCCUGGACUUCCACAUCAUGGGCAAUGUGGUGUACGCCAUUCUCACCCCUGUCCUGAACCCUCUCAUCUACACCCUGAGGAACAAGGAUGUCAAGGCAGCCAUCACUAAAAUCACAUGUCACCGGGAUCCAAAAAAUGUUGGGAAACCCUGA